CUCUCUGCUGCAUGGCACAGUGAACUGAAGUUUUCUACGUUUAUUGUUUAUUUGUUUACAGUGACACAAACUCAGAAUCCCGACAAAGAAAACGCGUUUAAUCGUGCCCGGGUCUGAAAUGUCAGAGAACGUUUACAGCUAACUACGGUAGAAAUAUUCGCUGUUCGGUCCAACUUAAUUCCUUCUAACGCGACGGUACACAGAGGCUAAUGGGAGCAACAGAACUAACGGUAACCGAAAACAAGCUCGUAAUCAAGCGGGACCGACCAACCGGGAAGAAGACCGACUCGGAGCAUUUCGAGGUUACUUGGUUGUUGACCGUCUAGUCCGUCACACCGGUGCACACACACCUCUGCGGUCCCUCCGCUGCUGAAGAAGUCGUGUGUAACUGCAGCCAUGCCGUUCUGUUAACGGACGCGUAUAAGUUGUCGGGAGCAGGUCGCGAGGUGUUAUUAAUGCGCCGCCGAUUGGCAGCAGAGCGGUGAGAUGGCCAUCGCCCACGUGGCCACGGAGUACGUGUUCAGCGAUUUCCUCCUGAAGGACCCGAACCAGGCCCGGUACCGCAACGUCCGGACCGAGCUGGCCUUGGACAAGAUGGUGACCUGCGUGGCGGUGGGGCUGCCCCUCCUCCUCAUCUCUCUGGCCUUCGCUCAAGAGGUUUCGGUUGGUACCCAGAUCAGCUGUUUUGCUCCGAGCAACUUCUCCUGGAGGCAGGCCGCUUAUGUGGACUCGUACUGCUGGGCGUCCGUACACACACACACUCUACCUCUGUGGCUGCACAAGUUCUUCCCCUACAUUUUGCUGCUGGUGGCGGUGAUGAUGUACACGCCAGCGUUGUUCUGGAGAUUUUCCGCAGCGCCCCUCCUGCAAUCGGACCUGGGCUUCAUCAUGGAGGAGCUGGACCGGUGCUACAACCGCGCUGUCACUCUGGCCAAACGCAUGGCCACGUCGGGGCUGCUCACCCCAGACAGCGACCCCACCGAAGGCUGUUUCAACUACCCGCUGGUGGAAAAGUUUCUGAUGACCAAGCGUUGCUCGCGGUCGAUGCUGUUGCACUACCUGCUGUGCCGCGGCCUGACUCUCGUCACCCUGCUGAGUGCCUGCGUCUACCUGGGCUACUACCUCCGUCUGGCCUCGGUCACCGACGAUUUUGGCUGCGAGCUGCGCGUCGGCCUCCUCGCCUCCGACCCGGACGUCCCCGAAAAGGUGCAGUGCAAGCUCAUCGCCGUGGGAGUCUUCUCUUUGCUGAGCCUCGUCAACCUGGUCCUGUUCAUCGCGCUGAUUCCCGCGGUGAUCUAUGCCGGCGCCCGUCCCCUCUUCUGCAACGGACACGCCGGCUUCCUGGAAACCUACCAAUCGCUGCCCACCGUGAGCGUCCUGCCCAACCCCGCAAACCAAUGGGACGAUCUCUCUCUCUAUCUGCUCUUCCUGGAGGAGAACAUCAGCGAACUGAAGUCCUACAAAUACAUCAAGGUGUUGGAGUUGUUGAGGAGACAAGGCGAAUGCUGCGGCGAGGACUUUGAUUCCAUGGGUCUGCUGCAGACGCUCUGCCUGGUGAAGAUGGACGGCGUGGAUGGGAGGAAAGCCGCCGGUGCUGCGGGGAAACCGGAUCAAGUGAAGAUGAAUGCGGCGGAGUCCGCCGGCGGCAGCAUCGGUGCUAAGAACAGCUGCAGUCAUCCGAACUCGGCCGCAGGAAACGAAGACAAGUUGAAAGCUCUCUAUCUCUAUAUAGCUCUCUAUCUCUAUCAUCAAAGCGGCCAGAGCCAAGGACCCGGACACUCUGAAGUCUCAGACCAGGAUAUUGUCCGCUGCUACAUAACCAGGGAGCAGCAAGACGUGAGGAGGGUCACACUUGGGGCUCAGGAGACUUUACGGCUCAUCCACUUGGCCAUUGAGGAGCUGAAAGGUCCAGCUGGGCUGGACGAGAGCGGAGGGAGCCUCUUCAAAACACCUGGUCCCCAUUGUGCAGCACGGCCCUAUCAGGUUUACCUGUUAAGUGGCAUUGCUCGCUGGAAUUCAGACAGGAGCUCAGAUGCCGUGUUUGGUAGCAGAGGACGGCACCACAGGACCUACUCUGCACCGCUAAUUGACCGCCUCAACACCCGCUGUCGGCAGCUGUUUGGAGAGACUGUGGAGGAGAAUUUCCGGGCCCCUGCCAAUGUUCCUUCCGAUGAGCUGCUCGGGUUGGAAUAUCUGUUCAGCCAGAGCACGGGUGAAUCUGAACCCUCUCUCUGAAGGACAUUGCCAAUGAUGGACCUGGUCCAGAGGAGGAGGAGGUGGUUCAGUAUGGGCAGCCCGAUCCAGACCCCGAGGCAGACGAGGCGUACCAGAGCGACGGGGAAGCACAUGGCGAUGUGUUGGAUGCCAUCCUGCCACACAUCAAACUCACCAACGACGAAACCUCCACUGUUCACCCUCCGGCCUCUGAGGAUGCCUGCAGUCCAAACCCCCUUCCUGGCUUUGAAAGGUUGGAAAAGUUCUGUUCUGCUCUGGUGGAAUUUAUCCUGGCAGAGGACACGCUGACUCUUUCCACUGAGCAGAGGAACAAGGUCCUUGAAGCCUGGAAUGCAGUGGAGGAGCAUGACAAGCAGCCGCAGCAGUUCAACCAGCUGUACAGAACUCACUGGGGCAACACCCUGUACUGCCGCACGAAGAGGGCCGAUCUUGUUGAGGCUGCUGUGAUACAGAAGCUAAAGAUGGCUAAGCGCUACGCACCAGCUCAACAAGACAUCAGUGCUCAGCACAACAGGCUGAUGUACACGCUGGUGAAACUGCUGUGGUUGCACUCACCUCAAGGGUCUCGCAGCAGUCCUGAGAAGAGCACCAUCUUGAAGGCGUACGAGAGAGUACAGCACCGGAUUCUGGUAGAGGGUCCGAUCCUGUGCAAAGCAGGCAUUCCUUUGACAAAAAUUAAUAUAACAACUGUACGGGACUUCAUCCGUCAUCAAGAGCGCCUCCUGAAGCUGCAUGCCACCAAGCAGUCCUCCGUGGUCACAAAAACAGCCUCCAUCACAUCUGCUGACCUCCCUCCAGCACCACACCAGCUGGCAGUACUCCCUCUACCCUCUGAUGGCGUAUGUGCCCACACCCUGCAUGGCCUUAAGUGUUGAAGGGAAGGACAGACAUAAUCAUGCCACUCUCCCGGCCUCAACCGCCACUUGAGCUACUGCCAGUUAGAAAACCCCUGCCACCUGUACCAUCACCAGACCUGAGCCGUCUCUCUCUGCAUCCUCAGUAACCGCUGGUCCCUCCACACAGCCCAUACUGCCUGCUUUUUUUACUCCAUCGGUCCCUCCAACUCUUCCCACAAGGCCUGCUGCGUAUGAGCCCGCCAUCCUGGGCGAGAGCUACGCAGUACAAGCGCAAAGGUGUGGAACAGCCCUCAGUAGUGGGUGAAUAAUUUCCCAGUUUGUUCAUGCUGUGGCCAACCGACCCAGGGACAUAAAAAGUACAAAAGAAAGACUUUCUGCCCUGUAAAGUUGAUGUCCACAUCAAAAGGUCUGGACAGCACCGUGUACGACAGCUACGAACACUUCACUUCUGUUGCGGACAAGCUGGAGCAAUAAUUAUUUAGAUAGUCACGAACACACUUGUGCAUAUUAUAAAUAUUUGAGAGUCAUUCACAUACUCGUGCAUAUUGUAAAUAGUUUAGUUACGCACACACAUGCAUAUUGUACAUAAUUUAAAUUGUCAUACAAUCUAAAUUAAAAGUGUUUUUCUGACUGUU